AUGGAGAUGGCAAGCGGGUGGGCGAGUUACCACCGAGUCGUCCCGAGUUCCAUAAGGACGGAGUCAACCAAUGACACAGGCGGAACUACCCCUAUACUAAUGCAAAUUACUCAGAGUAAAGAAAAGAACAUGAGUGUGCGGUCAGCAGAAGUAGCAAACAAGCAGCACCUAGAAGGAGUAAAGAAAAUUGCUAAGCUUGAAGCUGAGUGUCAAAGGUUGCGAGGACUUGUUCGUAAGAAAUUGCCUGGUCCUGCUGCACUAGCCCAAAUGAAGCUUGAAGUUGAGAAUUUGGGCAGGGAUUAUGGAGAAUCUCGUUUAAAAAGGUCUCCAGUAAAGCCUUCUACUCCUCAUUUGUCCCCGAUGCCUGAAUUUUCGCUUGACAACAUGCAAAAGUUCCAGAAAGAGAAUGAGCUUCUUACAGAACGUCAAUUAGCAAUGGAAGAAGAAACAAAGAUGUUAAAAGAAGCAUUAGCAAAGCGUAAUAGUGAACUGCAGAGCUCUAGAAGUAUAUGUGCGAAGACAGCCAGCAAGCUUCAAAGUUUAGAAGCAGAACUGCAUGUUAAUGGUGAGCAGAGAAGUCCUGCAAAACCAAAAGAUCAGAUUCCAAUUGCAGAUCUAUACAUUCAAGACACUAGUAAUCCACCAAGCUUCACAACCAUGUCUGAAAAUGGAAAUGAUGAUGCUGUGAGCUGUGCUGGAUCAUGGGCUACAUCAUCAAUGUCUGAUCUCUCUCAUUUCAAGAAGGAAAAGAAUGUCAAUGAUUUACAGAAAUCUCAAAAUGCAAAUAAUCUAGGCCUCAUGGAUGACUUCCUGGAGAUGGAGAAAUUAGCUUAUAAUGUUUCAUGUGAAGCAGUUUCCACUUCAGAUGUAUCAGCUAAUGAGGGCAAUGCAGCACCUGAGAUUGUGAACCAUGAAACUUCAACUGAAAUCACCUCUGGCACAGAUUCCCAUUCUACGGAGCAUCGUGACUCAGAAGCUCAGCUGCAAACUGACCUACCCAUCUUUAUGAAUCUGAAAUCAAGAAUCUUGGUGGUACUUGAGUCCAUUUCAGAGAAGGACAUGGAAAAAGUUUUACAGGACAUUAAACAUGUUGUACAGGAUAUGCAUGAUACUCUGCAUCACCAGUCGGUAAAUUGUGUUGCGGAGGAAACUCUUUCUGACAGCGUAGUUAAUAGCCAGACUUGUGCUGAGGAUGCUGAGAUAACUGUAGAAAAGGAGAUGUCAUUGUCUGGAGAUGGUACACCAUGUAUUGAAACUGCAAAUACCAUUGACCAAGAAUUAGAAGUUGCCAUUUCUCAGAUAUACAACUUUGUAAUGAUUCUUGAUAAAGAGUCGAAGGCCCUACAGAGAACAUCUCCUGAUGGCGAUGGAGUGAACCAAAGACUGGAUACGUUCUCUGCCAAAUAUACUGAAUUUAUAAACAAGAGGACAGAUCUGACUGAUUUUGUUCUUGAUCUUUCUCAUGUAUUAAGCAAAACUAGCGAGCUUCACUUUAAUGUACUUGGAUAUAAAAAUUCAGCAAUUGAAACAGGCAGUCCAUAUUGUAUAGACAAGAUUGCCUUACCAGAGAACAAGGGUGUUGUGGACUUACCUGGAGAAAGAUAUUCAAAUGGAUGUGCUCACUUUUCUGACCCCAAUUCUGAUUCUGACUUCCUCAAUGAUGGGAUUCUUGUUCCAACCUCUGAUUCGACGGCUACUUCGUGGAAAUGCUCUUUGGAGGAGUUUGAACAAUUGAAGUUGGAGAAGGAUAAUAUGGCAACUGAUCUUGCUACAUGUACUGAAAGCUUGGAAAGCACCAAGUCUCAGUUUCUUGAAACAGAACAGCUUCUUGCAGAGGUGAAGUCACAAUUAACAUCAGCUCAGAAGUCCAAUAGCUUGGCUGAGACACAGCUCAAAUGCAUGGCUGAGUCCUACAAAUCACUUGAAACUCGGGCAGAGGAGUUACAAACUGAAAUAAAUCUUCUCCAUGGAAAAAUAGAAAGUCUUGAUAACGAGCUACAGGAGGAGAAAAGAAAUCAUCAAGAUGCCUUGACCAGAUGUAAAGAUCUCCAGGAGCAGCUGCAAAGGAUUGAGAAUUGUGCAACUGCUGAUAAUGGUGCCAAGACUAACCAGGAGAAAGAGUUGGCAGCUGCAGCAGAAAAAUUAGCAGAGUGUCAAGAAACCAUAUUUCUUCUGGGUAAGCAGUUGAAAACUUUGCGUCCUCAAUCAGAAUCAGUAGCUUCACCACUUAAUGGAAGGAGUGGGAAGGGUGAAGACCUCAAUGAGGAAGAACCAACCAUAAGUGGCUCAAAUUUGCAAGAUACUGAUCAAAAUGAGAUAGAUACAGGCUCUUCUAUUAAUUUACAGAGGGCAGGCUCCGAGUCUCCCCUAGAGCGCAAUUCUAUGUUUAGUUCAUCGGACACUGAAGCAAACAAUCUAUUGAGAUCACCAGUCAGUUCAAAGCAUCCCAAACAUGGGCCCACUAUGUCAGGCUCUUCUUCUUCUUCAUCUACCCCCACCCCGGAGAAACAUUCUAGGGGAUUUAGUAGAUUUUUUACCUCAAAAGGGAAUAGUGGCUGCUAAGCCUGCAUUUCACUAGCUUAAAAAUUACCAUCUUAUGGGUCCCCUGAGCCGUUUAAUAAAACUAGCUUGCAUCAGAUUUGAACUUAUGUAAAUAAUGUUCAAGAUCCUUUUACUUGUCAUACUUGUAAUACGAAACUUAUAUUUUGCAAAGGUUGUUUUCAAACUUGUCUUUC